CUUUUUCAGCGGCACAGUAUCCUAAACCACGCAGAAAUGACCGCAGCCGAAGAGUUGGACAUCUCGCCCAGAUCGCCCGGAAUAUACCGGCUCGCGUGCGUGCGGUAAAACCAGCUUUUGAUUUGAUCUUUUGCCAGAGUGAUACUGUGAUGUUGGAUUGGGUACAGCGGAGUGAAUUGCAAUCAGCGAAAAAGGAAUAAUGAAUGCAGCAAGACGCCCGAAGAGAAAAAGAAUCCAGAAAAAACUGGAGUACAAUGAAGGGAUGUUGUGGCAGGAGGAACGUGACCUAUGCAAAGCUCUCUAUGCCUCCAUCCAGGACAACCGGCCCAAACGGGACGGCGAAUACAGCAGCGAAGAAGAGGGCGACUGCGAGGAAUCCUCCCUCGAACCGGCGUCCAUCUCCACCAGCAUGGACUACAGCAACAGCAGCUCCAUGUGUUCCUGCGACGCCGGCGUGGAGGCUUGCCUGAAACAGGAGCCGGAGCGGCGGAGUCCGUGCCCGCAGCGCCCGCCGGAAACGACCGGAAUGUGUCUACGGAAACACCAGGACUCGAGUUCUGCCUGUAGGCAACGGGACAGCAGACCAUUAGUGUGUGAAAAACAGCCACUGCCGGUGCCACAACAACAGCAGAAAGAACUACGACAGCCACAGCAGCAGCUGCAGCAGCCGCAGCAACAACAGCAGCAACAGCAGCAGCAGCAGCAGCAGCAGGUGCAGGUGCAGCGACCGACCAAAUGCAGACAGAGCACGAGAGGCGCAAGCAAGGGGUCCAACAAGGCAAUACAGGGUAACGGUGCAACAGUAACUCCCCGGGUGGACACCGGGAGAAAAGGACUCAGAGCCAAGCGGGAGAGAAAAUGCACGGAGGACUUGGCAAGUCUAAAGCUGUCUGCAGCAAAGGAUGCUGGGAUGGGAUGCUCAAAACCAAAAAAGGCUCGCUUGCGUGCCCAGCGGAAGUUUGCCGAGUCCCUACCCGGUAGUCCCAGCACCACGCCGGCCAAGAGUGGCUUGACUGGCAGGGGGAGUAGCAGCGGCACGGGCAGUGACAGCGGCGGGAGCAGCAGCAACAAGGGCAUGCUGUUCAACUUCUGCCCUCAGACCGAGGACUUCCUGACAUUCCUGUGUCUCAGAGGCACACCAGCACUACCUCUGCACCUGGAUUUCUUCGAGGUGGCCAAGAAGCACGAAGCCCACAAGGCAUCGUCCAGUCAUGACAAUGGCAGCACGGACGAGGCCAAGAGUGCUGAGAAAAACCACAAAUUUGUGGAGAAUAACUUUCACAUACCGGGGAUCGAGCCGCUACCGACAGGAAUAGCCGACUAUCCCAGCCUGUCUGUGGCUCGCUUUGAAUCCACAAAGAAGGCAAUACGAAGAAGGAAGAAUGUGGCGUCUUCAACCCAGUCAACCAUUCCACCCCCGACGGACAUCAACGGCAAUCCACAGUUUCCACCGUGUCUGUCACCUAUUCCCCCACCCAUUGCGGCCAUACCCAGGUGCCGGCACCCUCCGCCCCUCACCCCUAUCGAGCCUGUCAGCGACUCGGACAGCUGCAAGUCCAAAAACUCCAAGACCAAGCAGAAGACGACGGGGGCCGUGCCGUGCACCUUGCGUCCCAAACUCGACCAAAAACUACCGCCACCUACCUCCAGCAAGCUCGCCCGGGACAAGAAUUGCGCCCUCAUGAAACCCCCCCUCAGGAAUGGCAAGAGCCGAAAGUGCGUCGACCUGGCCCAGCUGCGGUCCAAAGCGGCGCUCGCGCUCAACAACAAUUAUGCAAAACUCAAAAAGUCGCACAAGCCCAACUCUGGAAAGAUUCCCGACAGGAAGAGAGCAACCAGUGUGGCGCCCCCCACGUUCGAGCCACCCACGCUGCGCAAUAAACGGAAUCGAGUGGAAGCAGACGGCGUGUUUGCAGAGAACGACGUUGUGGACUUCAAGCGGCGUAAACUCCAGGAACUCACCGGCAAAUCUUCCCUGAAGCUGUUGCGAAACAGCAAACAGUGUCUGCAGAAGAAACUUCGGAACCACGUGCGGACGGCUGUGAAUUCCAUACAGCUGCACAGUAAAAACAAACACAUCAACAACCACGUCAUCAACAAUAACACAUUAGAGAUUCUCCCCGCGGAGGUUAUGUUCCCCCUCUGUGGUAAACCCCCCAAAAUGGACGUGGGAGCUGGCGAAAAUAACGACCAGCCGCCCAUGGUGAAACGAGGCAGGGGACGCCCGCCCGGUUCCAAAAACAAACUUAAGCCGAAAAGCAAACAACAGCAAUCGAUCAAAUCUACCUCGACCUCCGCGGUCCACAACCGCGCUGCUGGACACCGCAAGACGCCAUCUUGUGCCCAUGUCUCAGGCCCCGCAAUCAGUACUAAAGCUGCUACCCACAAUGCACCAGUGUUCUUCCCGAGCCAGGAGGAGUGGAGGGACCCGAUAGCGUACAUCACCUCCAUUUCUGCCCAGGUGGCCCACAGCGGUAUGUGCAAAGUUGUACCUCCACAAGGAUGGAUGCCCGAAUGCAAACUCAAAGAUGACAUGAGGCUAUCGCCCCAGAUCCAGCGCAUUCACAGACUUCACCACAGAUGGGGAAGCAAUGUUCAGCAACUUGCUUGCAUCAAGAAGCAUUUAGCGGCCCAGGACAACGACAUGACGUACCCACCACAGGUUGGUGGGUGCGAGCUGGAUUUAGUCCGAUUCUCCAAGAUUGUGACGCAGCAGGGAGGACGGAAGACACUGACCAAUAAGAAAAGAUGGAACAAGGUGGCUGACUUGCUCAAGAUUCCAAAGAUGAUCCAGGGACGAAUCGGCAAGCUGGACGGUAUAUAUUGCAAGUAUCUACUGUCGUAUGACACCCUGACAAAGGAGGAGAAGGAGAAACUGUGUGCUGAAGUAGAGGCUGAGAGAAAGCGGCAAUCAGGCAAGCGCAGCGCCAAAGACUCGCGCGAGGACGACGGCUUCGACAGCGUGCUGAGUAGAGGGCGCUCUCUGAAUCUGACCCAGUUCUGCAAGAUGGCCAACAACUUCCAGAUGAUGCAAUUCAAGAACGACCCCAGCGCGACAGAAGUGGAGCGUGAGUAUUGGCGGACUGUUGAAGGAGGACAGAGUCACGUCUCGGUGCAGAGAGCCGAUAUCGAUACAGCCAUCUCAGGAAGUGGUUUCCCCCACCGAAAAACUGACCCCUUUGCAAAACACAACUGGAACUUGAACAACGUGGGCAACAACCACGGCAACUUGCUGCAGGUGCUGCCGGGCAAGCGCUGCAUCAACCUGCCCGAGAUGAAGGUGGGAAUGCUGUACAGCACCGAGACUUGGAACUGCGACAGACACGCGCUGCCCAGCAUCGAGUACCUGCACACGGGAGCUCCACGCAUACAUUACUGUAUACCGCGAGUCCAUCAAGACAAGGUCGUCCAAGCUAUGCAGACCCUAGUGCCUAACCUAUGUGCUAAGAAACCACACUGCCUUCACGACAAAUCUUUCCUAUGCAUGAUACCACCUCAGAGCCUCUCUGAGUUAGACAUCCCCGUCUACCGACUAGAGCAGCGGAGUGGGGAAUUUCUGGUCACGUUACCGGGAGCCUGUACCUCCUCUGUCUCAUGUGGGUACAACGUCGCUGAGACCAUCCGCUAUGCAACACCCAGCUGGGUACCGGCUGGAAUACAAGCUUUCCAAAUCGCUAGUGAGCUACACCAAGCCUGUGAGUUCUCCAUAGAGCAGCUGCUGAGUCUGCUGAGAAUCAAGACGAGUAACAGCCUCAACAGCAAGAAACUGCUCAAGGUACUACAGCCUGAGCUCAAAGCAAUCAGGGAUCAGGAGCUAGAGAACCGACAGCGCCUGGCUGAGCUGGGCCUGAACUCGACCAUCCGCUUUGCCGAGCCCGAGAGCCCCUCCAGAAGCCGGGACCGGCGCGGCAAGACAUCCUCACUAAGCAGUGAGGAGAAACGCUGCUGUGUGUGCCAACAGAUGUGCUACGUGUCCAUGGUGCUCCAUGAGAGGGAAGGAAAGGUGUACUGCUUGAGACAUGCCCUGGAGCUGGCUCAGAGAGGCAAACUCAACAGGAACCACAAGCUCAUGUACAGAUAUGAUGAGAGCCAGCUAGACGGCCUAGUGUGUGACGCCCAGUCUCCGAGGGACAGGCAGCUGCCCAGCAAGAGGGCCUCGCCAGGCCGCCGCAGUCAGCUCAGGAAGCAGGACAGCAGCAGCAGCAGCAGAGAGACAAGAUGACUACGAGAGAGCUAGUCACGUUCCAACCCCUCCCCCCUCCCUUGCCCCCCUCACCCACUCAAAUCACUUCAGGGAACCGAUUCAAUUGCAAUAACUCCACUCUCUGCUUUACCUCAGUCACCCACAAGAAGCCUGUCUUCAUGGAGUUUCUAAAUCACAGGAAUUUCGCUAAGCGCAGGAAAUAUCGUCUAAGCGAACACGGGUCACCAGCCAAAAUGUAAUGCAAUUGAUAUUGUAUGUGACUGGUUUCCAGCCACGUGUCUCAGCAACUCUCAAGG